GUUUUGCUCGGUGGUGGUGGUGGUGGUGGUGGUGUAUUCUCCUAAACUAGUGUCUGGUUAAAGAAAGACUAGCUCAGCCAUGUGAAUGUGUCUGUUGAACAGCUGAAGGGGGGAUACAGCCUACAGAGAGAGAGAACGUGGAAUGUGUGCAUAUGAAAGGGGGAGCGAGGAGGAGGAGGGAGAGAGAGAGCGCGUGUGUGUGUGUGUGGAAGGAAAAAAAAGGAAGCAGAGGCUGUGAACGAAAAACGAACUUAAUGAUUUCCUACCUUCCCGAACUAGACCUCUCAAUCUAACCGAUAUACUUUUCAACGCGCAAGAUAUCAAGGAAUACACCACGGCGAGGGGAAAAAAAGGGGGAAACGAAGGCGAACCGUGUGUGUUUGUGUUUUGGAGAGAGAAAAAAAAGGCUGCCUCGACGAUUUGUACGUGAUUACAUGAUCAAAGUGAGUGCAGGCCGUCUUUUGUUGAGGCAAAGAGUGGCGGUUUUCCUGUGUAACAGCUAAAAGGAUAAACGUGUAUGUGCCGGAUUUGUUUCAGCCCUCUGGUUCUUGGACUUGGCCCAGCACACGGAGUUCAUUCUGCAUGGUUGUCCUUGGCGAGGAUUGGGUUUUUUGAAGUUGCUUUGGAAGUCUAGAGUCAUCAGACUGGCGGCUUUUCUGGAACACUGGGGCUGUUGGUGUGGCUGAAUUUUCCCUGGAUUUGAUUGGUCAAUUCAGAAGACUGAAGCCCAGGCUGACUGUCUACCUUUCACGGAGGCCCAGCCGUGAGAGGACUGAGGAAGGCACGUGGCGAAUCAUGACCGCGGACAAAGACAAGCCAGACAGAGAGAAGGACAGGGACAGAGACCGAGACAGGGAGAGGGACAGAGAGAGGGACAGAGACCGGGACAAGAGGGACAAAGCGUCCAGGGAGAGCGAGAGCUCACGACCACGCCGCAGCUGCACGUUGGAGGGCGGAGCUAAGAACUACGCCGAGAGCGAGGACGAGGAUAACGAGAACAGGGGAGGUGCCGGGGCAGUAGGCGGGAUCAACAUGGGGAUUGGGGAGGAGUCAGGGAAGAAGGGAAAGAAGAAGAUGAUCAAGAAGAAGUCGAGGUAUGAACGGAUGGAGAACGGAGAGAUCACUUCCUUCAUUACUGAAGACGACGUUGUUUACAGACCUGGCGAUUGUGUAUAUAUGGAGAGCCGCAGGCCCAACACUCCCUACUUCAUAUGUAGCAUUCAGGAUUUUAAACUGAGUAAACGAGACCAUCUGUUACUCAGUGUUAAAUGGUACUACCGUCAGUCAGAGGUCCCUGACUCAGUCUACCAACACCUGGUGCAGGAUCGCAACAAUGAGAACGAUUCUGGCCGGGAGCUGGUCAUCACAGACCCAGUGGUCAGGGGCAGAGAACUCUUCAUCUCCGAUUAUGUGGACACAUACCAUGCUGCUGCCCUUAGGGGGAAGUGUAACAUUGCGCAUUUCUCAGACAUCUUCGCUGCCAGGGAGUUCAAAGCUCGCAUUGACUCCUUCUUCUACAUCCUGGGAUACAACCCAGAGACCAGGCGACUAAACAGCACACAGGGGGAGAUCAGAGUGGGGCCCAGUCACCAAGCCAAGCUUCCUGAGUUGCAGCCCUUCCCCUCCGAGGCCCCGGGGGUCCUGACUCAGGCUGUAACAGAGAAUGAGGAGCUAGUGUGGAUGCCAGGGGUCAACGACUGUGACCUGCUCAUGUACCUCAGGGCUGCAAGGAGCAUGGCGGCCUUCGCUGGGAUGUGUGACGGAGGUUCUACGGAGGACGGUUGCCUGGCAGCCUCGCGAGACGACACCACACUCAACGCACUCAACACGCUCCACGAGAGCUGUUACGAUGCAGGCAAGGCCCUACAGCGCCUGGUGAAGAAGCCCGUUCCCAAACUCAUAGAGAAAUGCUGGUCAGAGGACGAAGUGAAGCGGUUCAUUAAAGGGCUCAGACAGUACGGCAAGAACUUCUUUAAGAUUCGGAAAGAGCUGCUACCCAACAAGGAAACGGGUGAGUUGAUAACCUUCUACUACUACUGGAAGAAGACUCCUGAGGCGGCGUCGUCCAGGGCCCACCGUAGACACCGUCGUCAGCCUGUGUUCCGACGCAUCAAGACACGCACCGCCUCCACCCCCGUCAACAUCCCGUCUAGACCCCCCUCCUCAGAGUUCUUGGACCUGAGUUCAGCCAAUGAAGAUGACCUGGACAGUGAAGACAGUGAGCAGGAGCUGAAGGGUUACGCCUGCCGACACUGUUUCACCACCACCUCUAAGGACUGGCACCACGGGGGCAGAGAGAACAUCUUGUUGUGUACAGACUGUCGUAUCCACUUUAAGAAGUACGGCGAGCUGCCCCCCAUCGAGAAGCCCGUGGAUCCACCUCCGUUUAUGUUCAAACCCGUCAAAGAGGAUGAGGAUGGACUCAGCGGGAAACAUAGCAUGAAGACCCGACGUAACAGAGGAUCGAUGUCGACGCUCCGUAGUGGCCGUAAGAAGCAGACAGCCAGCCCUGAUGGACGAGUGUCUCCAACCAAUGAGGACCUCCGGUCUAGUGGCCGUACCUCCCCCUCUGCAGCCUCCACAGACAGCACUGACAGCAAGACAGACCCCAUGAAGAAACCCAGCAAGAAGAUCAAGGAGGAGUCUCCUAUGAAGUGUGCCAAACGCCAACGAGAGAAAGGAGGAGCCUCAGACACCGAGGACACGGACAACAGGACAAUCGCAAAAAAGUCCAAGACCCAGGAGCUGGGUCGGUCCGACUCGCCGUCAGAAUGCGAGGGAGAGAGCUCCGAUGGGCACAGCGUCAACGAGGAGUGUAGCAGUGACGCUAAAGACAUCGACCAGGAUAACCGCAGCUCCUCGCCCUCCAUCCCCAGCCCCCGAGACGGGGAGAGUGACUCGGACUCCUCCGCCCAGCAGCAGCUGCUCCUACUGCAGAGGAGGGAGAGAGAGAGAGAUAGGGAGGGACAGUCGCAGCACCCUCCGGUUAUCCAGUCCUGUCAGCCAGGGACCUCCGGUGGUCGCUCCACCACCCCGCCAUUACCUCCCACGUCCUCCACAGCCCCCUCACUGGUCCCCCAGGUGUCCUCUCCCUCCGCACCCCCCACUUUCCUUCCACUGCCGCUACCGCCUCCCAUGCCCCAACAGGCCGGCCCCCUCUCUCUCAACCAAUCAGGGGUGUCCAUCCACCCCCAGAGGCGGCCCUCUCCCUCGCCUCAUUCUCCGCUGCAGGGGAUGUCUCAGGCUCCACCCCCAGGACCUCAGGCUCCACCCCCAGGACCCCAGUCGCUACCUAGCGCGCUCCACGGCCCACAGCCCCACCCAUCAUCCAUUCCCCACCCACUUCAGGUUGGCCCCUCCCACCUGCCCCACCCCCACUCCUUCCCCCCCCAGUCUCAGGUCCCGCCCUCCCCACUGCCUCUCGGCCAAUUGCAGCAGCCGCCCCACAGGGUCCACACGCCUCCCAGCCAAUCGUUGUCCCAGGGUGUAUCGUCCAAUCAACUGCCCCGUGAGCAGCUCCUACCCCAUGCCCCCUCCAUGUCUAUGCCCCACAUCAAGCCCCCUCCCACCACCCCCAUCCCCCACAUGCCCAACCGCGACCCCCAGUCUCACAAACACGGCCCUCCACAUCUAUCGGCGCCCCCCUUCCCCCAGAUGCCCUCCAACCUGCCCCCUCCGCCCGCCCUCAAACCCCUCUCCUCCCUGUCCACCCACCACCCUCCCCCAGCCCACCCUCCUCCCCUCCAGCUCAUGCCUCAGGGCCCUGGCCAGCAGCUCCAGCCCCCACCAGCCCAGCCCCCUGUCCUCACCCAGUCCCAGAAUCUCCCCCUUUCAGAGAGAGAGAGAGGCAACCAGCACCCCCCUCCUCUACCUCUCUCCGGACCAUCGCAAUCCUCCCACCCCAACACACCCCAACAGCCCCCGUUCCCUCCUCACCCCUUCAACCCUGUCCUGCCCCCCUCCUCCGCUGGCUGCCCUCCCUCGUCCUCGUCUCUACCACCAGGUCUCCAGCCUCCCUCCUCCUUCUCCAUGCCCAUCACCGCCCCCGUCGGCUCCGCCUGCACAGGUCCUGCCGUCCCGCCUGUACACAUCAAGGAGGAACCUCUUGACGAAUCAGAGGAGCCCGAGAGCCCUCCGCCCCCUCCUCGGAGCCCCUCCCCCGAGCCUACCAUCGUCAACACGCCCAGCCAUGCCAGCCAAUCAGCACGGUUCUACAAGCACCUGGACCGUGGGUACAACACGUGUGCUAGAACAGACUUCUACUUUACUCCUCUGGCUGCUUCUAAACUGGCCAAGAAGAGAGAAGAGGCGCUGGAGCGGGUCAAGAGGGAGGCCGAGCAGAAAGCCCGGGAGGAGAAGGAGAGGGAGAGGGAGAAGGAACGAGAGAGGGAACGGGAAAGAGAGAAGGAGCAGGAGAGAGCUGCGAAAGCCUCCAGUUCGUGUCAUGACGGUCGUAUGGGUGACCCCCAAAUGGGUGGCUCCGCCCACAUGCGUCCUCCCUUCGACGGCCCCCCUACCUCCAUCGCCGCGGUGCCCCCCUACAUCGGGCCCGACACGCCCGCCCUUCGCACCCUCAGCGAGUAUGCCCGCCCCCACGUCAUGUCCCCGACCAAUAGGAACCACCCCUUCUUCGUCUCCCUCAACCCCAACGACCCCCUGAUGGCCUAUCACAUGCCUGGCCUCUACAACGCCGACCCGGGCAUGCGGGAGCGCGAGCUGCGAGAGCGGGAGAUGAGGGAGAGAGAGAUGAGGGAGAGGGAGCUGAGAGAGAGGAUGAAGCCUGGGUUCGAACACAAACCCCCGGAACUAGAAGGCAUGCACCCCUCGGCGAACCCCAUGGAGCACUUCGCCCGACACGGGGCCAUCUCCUUACCAUCCAUGGCGGGACCACACCCCUUCGCCUCCUUCCACCCAGGUCUCAACCCCUUGGAGAGGGAGCGUUUGGCGUUGGCCGCGGGACCCCAGCUCAGACCAGACAUGAGCUACCCGGAGCGGCUGGCGGCGGAGAGGCUGCACGCCGAGAGGAUGGCGGCGGUGGCCAACGACCCUAUCGCCAGGCUUCAGAUGUUCAACAUCACGCCUCAUCACCACCAGCACUCCCACAUCCACUCACACCUGCACCUUCACCAGCAGGACUCCCUGCACCAAGGCGGUGGUGAAUGUCUUGUGUGCCCUCCAGGUUCGGGGGGGCACCCCCUCGUAGACCCCCUGGCAGGAGGCCCCCACCUCGCCCGCUUCCCUUACCCACACGGCGCAAUCCCCAACUCCCUCCUGGGACAGAACCCACAUGAACAUGAGAUGCUGCGACACCCCGUCUUCGGUACUCCGUACCCCCGGGACCUUCCUCCCCAGAUGUCCGCAGCCCACCAGCUCCAGGCCAUGCAUGCCCAGUCUGCAGAGCUGCAGCGGCUAGCUAUGGAACAGCAGUGGCUGCAUGGACAUCACCACAUGCACGGUGGCCCACUUCCUGGCCAAGAGGACUAUUACAGAUCAUACAGACGUUUCAAGUGAUCUCGAGUUCCAGAAAUGGACUCCUUUUACAGAAAAACCUGAUGCCGCCUGAAGAAGGAAAGCGACAAGCAACUGUAACUGACCAAUGGGGGGGGGGGGACGCGGAGACACGCAGGAAGUUGCCUAGGACACAGGAAGUAGUUACAGAACAGUCAGUCAAUCAAAGGAAACCUCUGCUCCUCCAAAACACAUUUCUCCUUACAAAAACAACGGAAGAAGGAGAGGAGGGUUGUUCUAUCGUCUGUUUUCUUUCCUUGUCUGUUGGGGGGGGGGCGUUUUUUUUUCUCAGUUUCCCCCCCCCCCACAAAAACAUUAAGAAAGACUGUGUUUGGUGUAACUAUAGCCUUCAAGUAGUGACAACGACCUCGAGACUGCAUGAAAACUACUGUAAAGCUUCCACAACGUGUUUCGUAGGUGGUAGAAAUGCAAGACACUUUGUCACUGUUGCUAGUCGACGGGGGGAAGACGAAGACCAGUAAAAGCAUCGUUCCAGACAUUAUAGCCGCGGAAAGAUCCAGAACAAAGUGCUAUAUUAUUUUAAUACAUUGUUGGAGGUUUUCAUCAUUUUUUACGAAAAGCUGCAGCAUAACGUUAUUGAGUCUGUAAAUAGUAUAUCUAUAUAUAUAUAUACACAUACAUAUAUAUAUAUACAUAUCAUUAUUAUUAUUGUUACUAGGUGUGGACUCGGAACCAAGUCAUUUAUAAACCUCCAAUACGUUAUUGUGUUCUGAAGCAUUAUUCCAUGUUUUAACGGGGUGGGGGGGCAGACGGUGGUCCCAGACCUGAUAUACCUUUGACACCUAUCAUUAUACACCCCUUAACAAGCACCUGAUUGGCUAGCAGAAUGCCUGAACUCACUGUGUUUUUGAGGUAAUGAUUUGACACACUUGAAGAGGAGAGUGAUCUAUGGAUCAGCAUACUCUCCUUCCCUGUUCUGCCCUGCCCUGCCCUGUCCUGUCCUACCCUGUCCUACCCUGUCCUGUUCUGCCCUGUCCUACCCUGCCCUGCCCUGUCCUACCCUGUCCUGCCCUGCCCUGUCCUGCCUUGUCCUGCCCUGCCCUGUCCUGCCUUGUCCUGCCCUACCCUGUCCUGUCCUACCCUGCCCUGCCCUGUCCUACCCUGUCCUGUCCUACCCUGCCCUGCCCUGUCCUACCCUGCCCUGUCCUGCCCUGCCCUGUCCUGCCCUGCCCUACCCUGUCCUGCCCUGCCCUACCCUGCCCUACCCUGCCCUGCCCUGUCCUGCCCUACCCUGCCCUACCCUGUCCUGCCCUACCCUGCCCUGCCCUGCCCUGUCCUGCCCUGCCCUGCCCUGCCCUGUCCUGCCCUGUCCUGCCCUGUCCUACCCUGUCCUGCCCUGCCCUGCCCUGUCCUGCCCUGCCCUGCCCUGCCCUGUCCUGCCCUGUCCUGCCCUGUCCUGCCCUGUCCUACCCUGCCCUGUCCUACCCUGCCCUGUCCUGCCCUGCCCUGUCCUGCCCUGCCCUACCCUGUCCUGCCCUGCCCUACCCUGCCCUGCCCUGCCCUGCCCUGUCCUGCCCUACCCUGCCCUGCCCUACCCUGUCCUGCCCUACCCUGCCCUGCCCUGCCCUGUCCUGCCCUGUCCUGCCCUGCCCUGCCCUGCCCUGCCCUGCCCUGCCCUGUCCUGCCCUGCCCUGCCCUGCCCUGCCCUGCCCUGCCCUGCCCUGCCCUGCCCUGCCCUGCCCUGUCCUGUCCUGUAGUUUACAAGCCCCUGAUGCAGACACCAUCUAAAGCACUCAAAAGAAGACUGUAUUAAACCCUUCAGCGCUUAUCAUUGGUUUUGACACUCGACUUCAGUGUCGACUCAACAAAAGGAAGAUUUUUUAUUUUUUUUGAAGAUUAGGCAGAUAUUUAACCCAGGUUUUACGUUUUCUUUUCAAAUGUUUUAAAUUAUCGUUGACAAAAAGUGUAUCUAAACUACGUGAGGCCCCAACAUGCCUUGUUAAAUGUGUUCUGACUGUGGGUGAGUUGCUAGAGGUAACCAAAGGUGGUGGUUAUGAUUAGUAUUUUCCUCCCUCUACCUGGUCAAAUGGUCCUGACUGCUACAGUUGGAAACCUCCGAUCAGAUCGUCCUCCAGAGCAGUGUGCUGUGCUGCCAUAUUCACUGUGACACUAACGGGCCUAGCUACAUGGGAGGUGGGGGUCCAGACACUAAUGGGCCUAGCUACAUGGGAGGUGGGGGUCCAGGGCUGGAACCAGACACUAAUGGGGCCUAGCUACAUGAGAGGUGGGUGUCCAGACACUAGACAGUAAAGUUGUAAUAUCCUGUCAACCCCCUCCUGUCCUGUGUUAGCCCAUGUUUGAGUUCCUUCUACUCCUCUCUGGUCCCAUCCAUGACCUCUGUCUGUCCGUUUGUCUUCCAUGCUCCAUCACUCUUGUCUUUUACUCUUCUCCCCUUCCUCCUCCUCCCUCUCUUCCUCUCCUCCUCCAGCCUUUUAGUCCAUCCCUCUCCUCCUCCUCCCUCUCUUCCUCUCCUCCUCCAGCCUUUAGUCCAUCCCUCUCCUCCUCCUCUUCCUCUCCUCCUCCUCUUCCUCUCCUCCUCCUCCUCCCUCUCUUCCUCUCCUCCUCCUCCUCCCUCUCUUCCUCUCCUCCUCCAGCCUUUUAGUCCAUCCCUCUCCUCCUCCUCCUCCCUCUCUUCCUCUCCUCCUCCAGCCUUUUAGUCCAUCCUCUCCUCCUCCUCCCUCUCUUCCUCUCCUCCUCCAGCCUUUUAGUCCAUCCCUCUCCUCCUCCUCCCUCUCUUCCUCUCCUCCUCCAGCCUUUUAGUCCAUCCCUCUCCUCCUCCUCCCUCUCUUCCUCUCCUCCAAACCCUUGGAUGUUUAGUGUUGUCAAUUGUUUAGCUUCUCUUUCAAAGCGGAAAUAGCAGAAUUUAUAUAUAAAACUGGUAUCUUGAAGCUUAUUGUAUAUAUUAGUAGUCGCCAUGGGGAUGACGACACGACAAUGUAAACAAAAAGUAGAAAUAAUACGAAAAGUUGUUUCCUGUUCUCUUCCAUUUGAGUAUUUUGUAUUUUUUUUUUUCAAAAAUUUGUGGAAUUUAAAAUAAAUGACUAAGUUACACCACAA